CUCAUCUUGAUCCACCCUUCUUCGUAACCAGACCUUUUGAUGCAAAAGAGCAAUGGUUGGUUCAAAUACCAUUCCUCCUGGCAAUCCUGCUGCAACCUCUUCAAACGAGCCGGCUGAAGAAGUCGGUUCGUCCACCGUACCACAACUUCCAAUCGAGUUGAUCGUCAAAAUUUGGCAACAUUUGAACGUGCAAGAACGUGUAAAGGUUCAACAAGUCUCAAAGGGUUGGCUUUUCAAUAGCAAAACAAAUAAAAGUGUAUGGAAAGAUGCAUUACAUUUGAGAGAAGAUCAGUCUGUCAGGCCGGAUGCAUGCAAGGAUCUUGAAAUGUUACUGCGAAUUGGAAAAUGGACAAAGUUCAAAUUUUCAAGACUUGCUUUUACACUUCAAGUAUCGACGGUCGAACAAGUAAGAGCUUGCAAGAGAUUUUUUGAAUUACUGCCAAGAUCGGACGUAGAAGACUUGGUGAUUAGUUCAGAAGCUAGUGCAAAGCUUGGUGAGAUGCUAGAUGUCUUGCAAACGAGAGAACAAGCUCGGGCUCAACACUCUGAAACGCAGGACGACUUUUUAUUUGAUUUAGAUCGGAGACUUGUAGGCUGGAAGAUUAGGUGCACCUCGCAAUUCGAUGCUCUUCUCAACUCUAUCUUAGAUUGUUCAAAGCUACGUUCUCUAAUCUUAGAGAUCGACCGCAAGAUAUUGUAUACCUUUGAGCAAAAUACGCCGAUCAGUCAAUGCAAGCUGGACAUUCUAAGCAUUCAGAGCGCGCCAGAAAUCAGGUCUUCUGUGCCAGAUGGACACGAUGUUGCAAUCUGUGAUAUGGUGGAAAAAGCUCGUGUGAUCGACUUGAUCGAUUAUACUGCAAUAGAGUGCGGCAGAAUGUUGCUGCGAAUCCUUUUUGCAGCAUCUACGACUCUCAAAUUUCUUACCAUCAACAUUUUCACUCGAGCUUCUUUCCAAGCAUGUGAGAGAGCCGGUUGCGGUUGUCCAGAAGAGCUCGAAACAACUUUCAUUAAUUUGCCAAACCUCAAACAUCUAUGGUUGUCCAACAAAGGUGGAAAAGAAUCUGCCAUGAAGCUCGUUUGUCCCAAUCUCGAUUCUUUGAGGCUGAAGAGCCUGGAUGAUUUUGAGCACUUUGCACUCAUUCCUUCUGUCAAGAUGCUCUUUAUUGAGAGCGAAGCCUUGAGUUGGAACCUUGCUUGGAUUUUACUUACUCGACUUGCAGCUGAUCGAUUGGAUACUCUGUAUUUGUACAGCGAUUGCAUGUUCGAAUGGGACUUCUUCAAGCUAUUCCAAGCCGAAACGUUUCCGUUUUUGAAAAAGAUUGUUGUUCUGGUUUCACCUGAUUCACUUCAUAGACUCAAGCUCGAUAUUUUCUUCAAUUGCUCGGUAGAACAACUCCUCAAGAUUCGUACGAUCGAUACGUUGAUUUGGCAAUGUGCUGUCGAUGAUGAACUUCCUAAUCCUUCAACUCAUGAAUAUAUGCAUGAGCACUUUACAAAAAACUUUCAAUGUUUCAAAAAGCAAAUCUCAAAUGACCCAAUCGAAUGCUCGGCUGAGAUCAUGGGGAAUUUUAUUUCAUUGAAAACAGGAAUUGAGAAGAUGGAAUACUUUCAACAAUUUCUCCAAUGA